AUAUUCGCGACCGAAGAGCGCACGUUAGCACGCGCACUUCUCCUCCUCCUCUUUAAACCCUUCACUGAGCUCCACUUGCCUCCGUCGAUCGAUUCGUCUCCUCCUCCGCCUCCUUGGAUCGAUUACUUGGUUCUUUCGGUGACUAAUUUGGUGGAGAAAUGGCGACGAAGAGGAGCGUGGGUGAUCUCAAGGGAGACGACCUCAAGGGGAAGAGGGUGUUCGUGCGGGUGGAUCUCAACGUGCCGUUGGAUGACAACCUGAAGAUCACCGAUGACACCCGCGUCCGUGCCGCCGUGCCGACCAUCAAGUAUCUGUUGGAGCACGGCGCCAGGGUCAUCCUCUGCAGCCAUCUGGGCCGCCCUAAAGGUGUCACCCCAAAAUACAGCCUGAAACCUCUUGUGCCACGGCUCUCUGAUCUUCUUGGUGUUAAUGUUGAGAUGGCUGAUGACUGUAUUGGUGAGGAAGUUGAGAAGAUUGUGGCUGCUUUACCAGAUGGAGGUGUUCUACUUCUUGAGAAUGUUAGAUUCUACAGAGAAGAAGAAAAGAAUGCCCCAGAGUUUGCUAAGAAAUUAGCAUCUCUGGCUGACGUCUAUGUCAAUGAUGCCUUUGGGACAGCUCACAGGGCUCAUGCUUCCACUGAGGGAGUUGCCAAAUUCUUGAAGCCAGCUGUUGCUGGCUUUCUGAUGCAGAAGGAGCUUGAUUACCUUGUUGGAGCUGUAGGAAACCCCAAGAGACCAUUUGCCGCCAUUGUUGGUGGCUCUAAGGUUUCAACCAAAAUUGGGGUGAUAGAAUCACUGUUGAGUAAGGUGGAUAUCCUCCUUCUAGGUGGAGGAAUGAUAUUCACAUUUUACAAGGCACAAGGAUACUCGGUUGGAUCAUCUCUUGUGGAGGAAGACAAGCUUGAUCUUGCAACCUCACUUCUCGAGAAAGCAAAGUCUAAAGGUGUUUCUCUACUGUUACCGACUGAUGUGCUAAUAGCUGACAAGUUUGCUGCAGAUGCAAAUAGCAUGGUUGUACCGGCUUCUGGCAUCCCUGAUGGAUGGAUGGGUCUUGAUAUUGGUCCCGACUCCAUCAAGACAUUCAGUGAAUCCCUGGAUACCACCAAGACCAUCAUAUGGAAUGGACCCAUGGGGGUAUUUGAAUUUGAGAAGUUUGCACUUGGAACUGAGGCAAUCGCAAAGAAACUGGCUGAGUUGAGUGCAUCUGGGGUCACAACCAUCAUUGGUGGUGGUGAUUCAGUGGCUGCCGUAGAGAAAGUGGGGCUUGCCGACAAGAUGAGCCACAUUUCGACUGGUGGCGGUGCUAGCUUGGAGCUGCUAGAGGGCAAGCCUCUGCCAGGUGUUCUUGCUCUUGAUGAUGCCUGAAUGCAAUGUUAAAUAGACUUAGCUCUAUUCUGGAGUGAGUUGAUCUUGCCGGAGUUGUUGUACCUUCAAAUUUUCUCCUCAGUUUUGUAGAUGUGUUCAAUAAAUUUGUUUCCCUAAAGAUUAGGGAUGAACAACCUAUGAUCAAACAUUUUAAAAUUUACCAGUGAUGCUGUGGCUUUCUUUGACA